UAUGCUAUGGGAACAAAAUAUUAAAUCUACUACGAGGGAGAUUAAACUCGCUUUUGCACGAGAGCAGAAUCUACAAUGUACUCGCGAUAAAUCCAGUCGAAAAAUCAAUUCAUCAUAUUGAUAAUAAUAUUGUACUAUCUUACAUGAUUUGGGAGAUAGAAAAAAAAUGGCCGAGAAUAUGCUGCAACAUUUUCAUGGUAGUCUACAUUUGUUUAAAAACCUGCAAAAUCAAGUAAAAGAACACAAUCAUGUCACAAAAGACAUAACAGAGGGAAAUGUAAAAUAUGAUCACAUGUUUGCAUCACCAACAAAAUAUCCAAAGUAUCACAAUAUAGAAAUCAAGAAAGGAAACGAGGAUUUCGAAGCUGAUCAUUGGCCUAAGAUAUCUGAUUGUGAUGGUUCCAUGCUAAUGUUUGGAGAUGGAAAACAAUAUCUUCCUAUUUAUUUGUCGCCUGAAAACAAGGGUUAUGCAACGCAUUUGUUCGUGAACGAAUUGAUCGAUAUAGAACCAUGGAAAAAACAUCCAUUACCCUGGCAUCCACCAAUAUGUCAAACGCCUAAAUCAUUUAAUAAAAAAUAUAUUGCACAUACACUACUAGAUGCGACUACGCAUCAACGUUCAUCGGACGCUUCUCUGAGACCUUUUUUACACAAUUUGGUUCAAACUGCGGACCUUGCGGAAAUUGGUCAAAGGAUUUUGACAGCAACUAAAGCGGAAGUAGCAGCCUCAUGGGUAUUGUCAAUGCUUGCAUCUCUACAUUGGAGAAUAGUAGGGAAACCUCGUUUAGCCUUGGAUUGCCUACAGUUAGCAUUGGAUGAUGUUCCUACAGAAUUCAGGGAUGUACCUUUUGUUAGUAUAGCUUCGAUAUAUCACAAAGUAGGCUUAAUUGAUGAUGCAAUAAGAAUUACAAACGAAGCCUUGGAAAUUAACGCUGUAGAGCCAAUGACCAAUUUCUUAUUUAGUAUAUUAUUGAAUAUAAAAGGAAAUCAGACAGGAGCUAUAUAUUAUUUGAAACAAGCAUUAAGAGUGGAUUUAAAUUUGUAUGAUGGUAAAGCCUUAAUGUUAUUGAAGACGUUGACCUGUCGAGAAAAAUUUAAUGUUAUUACAAGUAAUCAUGCAAGCUGUGAGAAACAAGGAAUUAAUUUACCCAAACAUUCUACGAACCUGCCUUCUGUAUUACUUACUAAGUAUAAUAUGCAAGCAAGUGAUAUAUUUUUGCGCAAACGACAAGCCAAGAAUUGUAAACAUAUUAUAUAUACUUCAACAAAGACUGAAGAAAUAGGAACAUAUUGCUGGAAUAAUCACAAAAUUGAGUUAGUGGAUGUGUCGUACUAUAAUAAGAAAGAAAAUAUGCAUCAAAGUCUCGUACAUUCAUUACUACUUCCUAAUAGCGCAACUAAGCUACAUGAACCACACAUAGAUAUAAAUCGAAUUUCAAAUGAUAAUAUGCUACAACCAUAUACCGGUGGCACAUUCGUUAAAAUAUCUGACAAUCAAAAAAAAUCAUAUUACCCGAGUAAGGAUGAAUGUGAUGAGCUCAAGUAUGAGGAUUGGGCUGCUUCACUAUUUGUAUUUCAUGAGUUUUUACGACGAAAUAUGACCAUCGAAGAUGAGAUUGAAUCAUUGGACGAUGAUACCCCGACUUUACAACCGACAUGCGACAAAGGUAGUUCUGAAAUAAAUCGCAUAAACGAAAUGGAGCAAUUUUCACGAUCGUUGCAAAACAAAACUGAGCUCGAUAUGGCUGAGUGGCUGAUGAUGAUAACUGAAACGCAGAAUGACACUUUGCAAGGACUCGGGACCAAAAUUGCUUUGGCACUGCAAAAUCAUUGUGCUUCUUGGACCUUGGCGAUAGCAGCAUCAUUUUAUUGGCGCGCGACAGGCGAUAGUCGCAAAGCACUGGAUUGUAUGUGGCAAAGCCUGGAAAAUACUCCGAAAGAUAUGCAAGACAUACUUCUCGUAAAUCUGGCGUCUUUCCUCAAUUCGCAAAAUUAUCUCUACGAGGCUCUUGAAGUCACUCAGAUAGCGCUUUCAAUUGGCCCGGACUUUGUAAUAAAUCAUUAUGUUCUCGCUAAUCUUUAUGCCGCUUUGGGUGAUUUUGAGACUGCUGCAAGUUUUUACAAGUCCUCCCUCAAACUCGAUCCAAAUUUCGAACCAGCUAUUACGAAGUUGAGAGUGAUAUUGUGCUUUUUGUUAUUCGAAGAUAAAAGAUCCGAGAUGGACGAAAUACUGCGGAAUAUUUUGUGAAGCCGUCUCCUGCAAAUUAGACACAUUGUUAAAAGUGCCUUUUUACAUUGUUAAUAUGGAAUAUAAAGAAAUAGUAUAAAAGCAAUUGUCACAGA